AUCCAAAGUCAACAUUGUCGAAUAAGAAUUUAUUUAGUGGUUUACUACUAAUUCUUUGUUGAUUUAUUGUGUUUUAUAAAUUUACUUAAGUUUGAUUGUUUCCAUUUUGGUUUAAUAUGAUUGAGGUUUUAAACGUUAUUCUCCCGAAUGUGUGAAUAAUUUUCUGCGCAAGUGCACAAUAAUCUUUAUGUAUAUGGUUGUUGUUAUUUCUUGGGCUGAUAUUCUUAAGUUCUCUUAUGGCUGUGAUUUCAUUUUCCUGUUUAAGAGUGUUCUGAUCAUAUUAGGUGCUUCCAAAUUUUGUAGUAGUUAUGUUUUCUCUGAACCAUUUGUGUGAGAGUACCCUCCUGGUCAUGUGUGGACUAAGGACAAAGGAGGAUUUUCGGUAUCAUUUUGGAUAGAAUAACCAUUUUCAUCAGUUCAAAAGGUUCUCCACAUUUGUGCUUAUAUAUAUAUAUAUAGACACACACACACACACACUUUUGGUAUGAAGUGCCAACUAGUGGCAUUCUUUUGCUUUAACUGACUCAUUAUUGUAAAUGAGUCAUAACUUUCCAGGGUUUUUUCUUCCUUGAAAUAAUAGUAUCACCCAUACUUUAGAAAUGGAGAAUCAGUUGCAUCAUUUAUCUUGAGUCUUGAUAAUUCAUCAUGCUUUACACUGUCUUACCUUGUUGGCUUGUUAUUAUAUACGCUAUUUGAAGAUGACAUGCAUAUUUCUUUUGUUGUCUAUCUUAAUCUUUUGGAAAUUGUAAUCAUGUUAUUACUUGUACAAAUUAAUUGGCUCUUUUCAUGAGUUCAUGCCGAAGAAAGGGGGGACUCCUAAGAAAAAUGAGAUCAUAUUCACUGCUCCCACAGGAGAGGAAAUUAGUAACAGGAGACAAUUGGAACAGUACCUUAAAGCACAUCCUGGUGGUCCUGCAGUAUCAGAAUUCGAUUGGGGCACUGGUGAGACCCCUAGGAGAUCAGCCAGGAUUAGUGAGAAGGUAAAAGCAAUGCCAACGCCAGAAAGUGAGCCUCCAAAAAAACGAGGCAGAAAAUCUUCGGCUUCAAAGAAGGAUAACAAAGAAUCAGAAACUGCCCCUGAGCGAACUGAGGAGAUUAAAGACGUUCAUGUGGAGGAAGGUAAAAAAUCUGAGAAAGAUAAUUUGGAGGGAGAGGCUGGAGUGGUUGAUGUAAAGGAAAAUGAAAAUGAGAAUGAAAAUAAAACACAAGAUGCUGAUAGCAAAACUGAACCCACUUCUCAAGAAGUGAAACAUGGAGAAGAUCCUAAUACGUCUGCUAAUAUCGAAGAAGGUAAGGAAAAUGCCAAAGCAGUAUCUGAAAAGUUCAAGGGCACACAGGACGGAGUUGAAGCUGAUGCUUCUGGAGUUGAAGCUGAUGCUUCUGGAGUUGCCCAAAAGGAAAAGGAAGGUUUGGAGGGUGCAACGUCUCAGGGAAAGGUUGAACAACCAGUGGCUGAAGCGGAGAAAGAGCUUGGAUCUGGGCAGCGGGACAAACCAGACAUAUUCAUUACUGAGGAAAGAAAACAUGAGGUGGACGGAGAAGGAAAAGGGGAACAUGAGAGGAGCACUACCGAAUCUUGAGGAGCAAUCUAGGAGAAAGAAGCAGCAAAUUGCGAUAAGGGACAAAUGCUUCAGUUGUCAAUGAAAUUAACAAGAAAGCUGAGGAAGCAAUUCAGAAUGGCAGUAAUGCAAGUAAUGCAGGCGAGGUCAAGCCUUGACUUACUAUAUGCAAUAGUUUAACAUGAUGCAGGAUUCUCUUUCACCCCCUUGUGACCCUUUUAAAUUUUUGAAAUCUUUCAAAUGACUGUAGCUUCGUUAAGGAUAGUAACCGAUUGUUCAUUGAGACAUCUUUCUAUAUAAUGGUAGAUAGCUGUAUAAUGUAGCUGUGUCAGAUGUAAUGGUCAGACCUGUAGCUUGCAGUUAUAUAUCUAACAUGUAACAUUAUGGCAUCCAAUACUGCAAAUGGAUUUUAUAUUCAGUGUUAAGUAAUAAGUUACAGUAGCGGAUGAAACUCCUAAAGCUCUU